GCUGGAGGAUGACAGCGUGACCAUCCAGGAGCUGUCGAGGUUUAUACACCCUCCUCCUCCUCCUCCUCCUCUUCUCUACCUUCCCUCCCUCCUCCUCCUCCUCCUCCUCCGCCGCAGCAGAAGCAGCCGCAACAGCAACACACCACCACCACCACCGCCGCCGCCGCCGCUUUGUCGACUCGGAUCUACCGUGAGGCGGACAUGAAUUCGGCGGAACAAACGGUGACAUGGUUGAUUACGCUCGGAGUGCUCGAGUCGCCCAAGAAGACCAUCUCGGAUCCCGAGGCUUUCCUGCAGAGCUCACUGAAGGAUGGCGUGGUCCUAUGCAGGCUGCUGGAGCGCCUCAGCCCCGGAUCCACGGAGAAAAUCUACCAGGAGCCGAAGAACGACGGCGAGUGCCUGAGCAACAUAAAGGAGUUCGUCAAAGGCUGUACAUCUUUCCGUGUCGAGCCGUUUGAGGCCAGUGACCUGCUGCUGGGCCUGAACUUCGCAAAGGUGCUGAGCAGUCUGGUGGCGCUCAAUAAAGUGACGGCAGAUAUCGGCGUGGGCAGUGAUUCGGUGUGCGCCCGACACUCGUCCGCCCACCGCAUCAAGUCUUUUGAGUCACUGGCUUCCCAGACUUCACUGGGUCGAUCGUCCAAGCUGCUGCAGAACCAGUUUCGCAGUCUGGACAUGUCAGAGAACAGUGCACAGCAUCUGUUGGUGAAGGCGCGUUUCAACUUCCAGCAAACCAAUGAAGAUGAGCUCACCUUCAACAAGGGUGAUAUCAUCGGCGUGACUCGUCAGGAGGAUGGGGGCUGGUGGGAGGGGACCCUCAACGGCAGGACGGGAUGGUUUCCUAGCAACUAUGUCCGUGAACUCAAAGGCUCUGACAAACAAGUGUCCCCAAAGUCUGGUACACUUAAAAGUCCACCUAAAGGCUUUGAUACAUCUGCAAUUAGCAAAACAUACUACAACCUGGUGUUGCAGAACAUUUUAGAAACAGAGACAGAAUAUUCUAAAGACCUUCAGAGCCUCCUGACAACGUACCUGCGCCAUCUUCAGAGCUUUGACAAGCUGAGCGGCGCUGAUGUAUCGCUGAUCCUCGGCAACCUGGAAGAAAUCAGCACCUUUCAGCAGAUGCUCGUCCAAACACUGGAGGAAUGCACCAAGCUUCCAGAGAGUCAACAAAGAGUAGGUGGCUUCUUCCUCAACCUCAUGCUCCAAAUGAGGGCUCUUUAUGUGGGUUAUUGCUCCAACCACCCCUGUGCAGUGAAUGUGCUCACGCAACACAGUGAAUUGCUGGGGGAGUUCAUGGAAGGAAGGGGAGCUGUUAGUCCAGGGAUCCUCACCCUGACCACUGGUCUCAGUAAACCCUUCAUGAGGUUGGAUAAAUACCCUACCCUACUCAAAGAGCUGGAGAGGCACAUGGAGGAGAGCCACCCGGACAGAGGUGACAUCCAGAAGUGUAUGGCAUCGUUCAAGAAUCUGUCGGUGCAGUGCCAGGAGGUGCGGAAGCGCAAGGAGCUGGAGCUGCAGAUCCUGACCGAAUCCAUCCGGCUGUGGGAAGGGGAUGACAUCAAGACUCUGGGCUCUGUGCUGUAUAUGAGCCAGGUCCUGGUGCUCAGUCCUGGGGCAGAGGAAAAGAGCGAGCGUUACCUCAUGCUUUUCCCCCACGUCCUCCUCAUGUUGUCAGCCAGCCCCAGGAUGAGCGGCUUCAUAUUCCAGGGAAAGCUGCCUCUGGCCAGCAUGUCGGUGAAUAAAUUAGAAGACAGUGAAGCCCACAAACAUGCCUUCGAGCUCAGCGGCUCCAUGUUCGACCGUCUUCAAGUGGCGUGCACCAAUCAGCAGGAUCUGCAAGACUGGGUGGAGCAUCUAACGCGACAGAUCAAGCACACUGCAGCCACAGCGCCAAGCCACAAACCUCUCACUGUGCCCUGCCACACACUUCCCUCCCACCCCGUCACCCCGUCCCGACACGCCGAGGGAAGGGCCAUGACAGUGGCCCCCACCUACCACACCCUGCCUCACCCCUCAUCUCACGGGACGUCUCACAGUACCAUGAUGUGGGGCCCGCUGGAACCCCCCAACACUCCCAAGCCGUGGAGCCUGAGCUGCCUGCGGCCCGCACCCCCACUCCGACCAUCUGCUGCACUUUGCUACAAGGAGGAUCUCAGUAAAAGUCCCAAGAGUGUAAAGAAACUUCUUCCCAAGCGCAAGCCUGAGAGAAAACAGUCUGAGGAGGAGUUCGCCUUGAGGAAGAGCACAGCAGCCCUUGAAGAAGACGCUCAGAUCCUAAAAGUCAUUGAAGCCUACUGCACCAGCGCCAAAACUAGGCAGACACUCAACUCCACAUGGCAGGGCACCGACUUGAUGCACAACCACGUGCUGGCUGACGCCGAUCGGCCCUGCGCGGACUCGCCGGGCCGCCGCAGCAGUGUGCCGCGGCCGGAAUUGUCCUCCGACCUUUCGGAGGACUCUGACUACGACUCCAUUUGGACCAGCCACUCUUACCGGAUGGGCUCGGUGCCGCGACAACGAAGUGACACAGAGCUGCAUGUGAUCAUUCCCGGCGAGGACAAAGUCCUGCUGGAAGAUUCCAGUCGCAAUGGACAAAGUGCAGUGGAAGAGAAGAGCCUUGUGGAUGUGGUGUACGCUCUGAGGGACGAGGUUCAAGAGCUAAAACAGGACAACAAGAAGAUGAAAAGGUCGCUGGAGGAGGAGCAGAGAGCUCGAAAGGACCUAGAGAAGGCGGUGAGGAGGGUCUUGAAAAGCAUGAACGACCCCACGUGGGACGAAACCAACCUGUGAGUCUCCCUUUGACAAUCGGGAGAUGAUGAAAACAUUCCUGAGUCAAACAUGAAGGCCACAAAGGACGUUGUCAUCUCCAGUCAAGACUAUGGAGAUGUACCCUCUCCUCCUGUUUACAAUCAUUCCACUGGAUGCUCUCCAGUAUGCUCCAUGAAUGGUGCUGAGCAAUUUGUGGUGUUACUGGUACACGUUUCAGCCUUUACCAUGCUCUUUCAUAACCUUUAUGUUAUUUAAUUAGGUCUAUUUGACUGUCAUAAGCUUUGUUCAUUUUUAUUUUUGCAAUUUGAUUUGCUGCGUGUGGGCUUCCUGGAGGAAAUGCUCUAUUAUUAAACUUGUAUAGUGUAAAUAUUGCAACAACAACAAAAAAGUCAUUUUGGGAGAAAUAAACAAGGAUUACAGUU